UCCGGGUCACGUUCUUUGAGCUGCCACACAUCAUGGCGGCCUCCUUCACCCUCAGCUCCGCGGUGCUCCGCAGGGCGCUGCACGGAGCUCUGCGCCUGCAGUGCCGGGCACAAGGAGCUCCUGCUGGGCUCAGGUUCCUCUGUAGUGCUGCUCCAGAAGAAAAGAAGACAAGAAUAAUAGAGUCCACGGAGGAAUACGGCUUCGUGGAGCGGCUCAUCCCGCUGUCACGGGUCCCUGCUCCGCCUAAACACGCCGGUCCCACCCCGUCUGGAUGGAUCCCUGCAGCGGACUCACCGCCGCCUCUGCCCUACAUGAUCCGCCGCUCCCGAAUGCACAACAUCCCGGUGUACACCGACCUGACCAGCAGCAGCCGCAGGACCACGCUCGUACGGAAAGUGGAGGGGGACAUUUGGGCUCUGGAGAAGGACGUGAAGCAGUAUCUGAAGGAGGUGACGGGGACAGAGCUGCCCACACAGGUCAAUGAGGUCACCAAGACCCUGACGGUCAAAGGUCACUUCGAUAAGGAGCUGAAGGAAUGGUUGGCCGGCAAAGGCUUCUGAGCCCGGGGUGGAGAGGCGGCUGCAGGACCGUCCCAGACCGAGCUCAGGGAGACAUGGAGAGGACACUGAGUAUCUGCUGUCUACACUGUGAUACUCACUGUAGUGUAGUACCAUGAGGAAUUGGUUUGAUCCCUGCCACUUCAGUGAACUCUUCCCCACCAGAGAGAUGUUGAAGCUGUUGGAUCAUAUUGUUUAAUGGUGUAUAUACUUGUGUGUAAUGAAUGUAACAUUAAAUGUCAAAGCGAUG